AAAUAAUUAUGAUGAAAACAUGUCUAGGCUAUAAUAUAUCGGAAAGAUAAUUGAUAGAGAGAGUGGUGUACGUCCAAAUCCAUCCACCCACCCGUCUCUUCGUCUUCGCUGUCAGAAAAAGAACCCGAGCCCUGACCCGGAUCCGGGACCCCACAAUCUUAACCACUGACCCCAAACCCCGUCUCCGGUGGACGGAUGAGCUCCACGAGAGGUUCGUUGACGCCGUCACGCAGCUCGGCGGUCCCGAUAAUCCUACUCGACUGGAGGAGAGACCCCUGUCUGUUCAUAUUUUACAGAAGCGACGCCCAAAACUAUCAUGAGAACGAUGGGAGUGAAAGCGUCUUGUGUUUGGGAGAGUCAGCAGGACACAGGGGUUACCAAGUCACUGAAGCUCUACGCGCUCAGAUGGAAGUCCACAGAAGACUACACGAGCUAUUGGAGGUUAGCUUUUGAACUAGAAGAUCCAAACAAACCACCCUUGAGAAUGAACCAAUUGGUCAUAACCUUUGUAGUAUGGGCAGGCUCCAGCUUAGGAUAGAGGCACAAGGGAAGUACCUGCAAUCGAUUCUUGAGAAAGCUUGCAAGGCCUUUGACGAGCAAGCUGCUACUUUUGCUGGGCUUGAGGUAGCUAGGGAAGAGCUAUCAGAGCUAGCCAUCAAAGUCUCCAAUAGCACCACAGUUCCUUUCUUCGACGCAACAAAGAUGAUGAUGAUGCCAUCUCUGUCCGAGCUUGCAGUAGCAGCAAUAGACCACAAAAGCAUCACAACCAACUGCUCAGUAGAAAGCUCUCUGACUUCCAACACCAAUGGAAGCUCGGUUUCUGCUGCAUCGGUGAAGAAGCGACAUCGUGGAGACAAUAUGGGCCUUGGGUAUGAAGAAGCUUGGUGGCCUAGUAGUAGUACCAUUGGUUAAAGAUUUUGAUUAAGGUAGAGAGAGACUUCUUCACUUGCUUUGGAGGGGAUUGUAUUAUUCUGAUACAAAACUUGUCAUGUAUAUAUUUGAUGUUGAAGCUUUAGUGAUUCCUUAAACCUUUGCCUUAUUUUUAUUAAAAGGGGUUGAGAGCAGAAA